AUGGUUUGCAAGAAGUGUGAAACCAAACUGUCUAAAGUUGCCGCUCCCGACCCAUUUACAGCUAGUUCAUCAAGCAUCAAGGAUGGUACCAGGAAAGUCGGAGAAAACAAGCUUUUAUCUCGUCCCGGUACUUCAAAGAAUCGUUUCCAGCCAUAUCAAGGCAAAUGUAAAGAUUGUAAGCAACCAGUCACCCAGAAUAAGGCCAAGUAUUGUCAUGGUUGUGCCUACAAGAAAGGGAUCUGCUCGAUAUGCGGCAAAAAGAUAUUGGAUACAACUAGUUACGUGAUGUCGAGCAAAUGA